CGCCAUCCGCAUUAGUUCGCUCACAAUGUUCCGUUCAAGUUUGCUUUUCCUGUUCGGCUGCAUCGCCCUUUCCGCAGCCGUUGCCCUGCCGGGUCGGGCAGGUCGCAUCGUUGGAGGUUCGGACGCCGCCGAAGGUCAGUUCCCGUACCAGGUAUCGUUGCGUUCCGCCGCCGGUGCGCACUUUUGCGGUGGAUCGAUCGUCAACAGCCGGUGGAUUCUGACGGCCGGACACUGCGCGGCCGGACGAACCCCGGUCAACACAGUUGUGGUCGUGGACACGGUUACGUUGGACGCGGGAGGUGUGGCCCAUGGGGCGGAACGGAUCGUGGUCCACCCGCAGUAUGCGGAGGGCAAUUUGGCCAACGAUAUCGCGGUGAUCCGCGUGGCCGUUCCGAUCGUGUUCAGCAGCAGAGUUGGUCCGGUCAGCUUGGCCGCUGAACUGUUGGAGGAGGGAGCCGGUGCUACGUUGUCCGGGUGGGGACAAACCGCGGUUACUGGAUUGCUGUCGAACCACCUGCAGUAUGCCAGCGUGGACAUCAUCACGAGGGAGGAGUGCAUGAACAGGCACGGUGCCGGAACCGUUGGACGAAUCCACGAGUUCUCGAUGUGUGCAUCCAGUACGGUUGGUGCUGGUGUCUGCAUGGGAGAUGGUGGCAGUCCGUUGACCUUCAGUGGCCUGCAGGAGGGAAUCGUCUCGUGGGGAGUGCCGUGCGGUAGACAGGAGCCCGAUGUGUACACUCGAGUGUCCGCGUAUCGGACCUGGAUUUCGCAGAACACUGCGGAGUGAUUGAGUAAAGCGUUGAUCUUGUUACGUUGAGUAA